GUCUUGACUCACUUAAAGGAACACCCUGAUGCAUGGACAAGAGUUGAUACUAUUUUGGAAUUCUCUCAGAAUAUGAACACCAAAAUCUGUAACCAGCUACACUGAUGGGUAUCUUCUCCGGGGACAGAAAUUAAUGUUGGAAACCAGUUAGUCUUAAGAGAAGUGGAACUAAUAUUAAAACAAGAAAGAUACUUGCUCUGGUAUCUACUGUACAAUUUUGAUUAGAGGGAAUCAUCGUAACAGGUGAAGUCUUGUCAUGACACUCUGUUGUUCAUGUCUAGUGCUUUGGCUGCUCUGGAUGCUGUUAUUUCAUGAAUGCCAGCACUGUUCAAUAGAAAUGUUUGUUCAUUUAAGAUUUAGGCUGCAGUACAAAGAAGUUGCAUGCAUUGUGGAAUAGAAAGAAGAAAUAAGAGACUUGCAAAUUGCUAGAGAUUUGCUUGCUGUUUCUUUGGCAUCAAUUCUGAUUGCCAAGAAAGCAACCUGCUGUUCAUUUUUAGAUGUAGUUGUGUUUUUUCUUUCUUUUUUAAUCUGAGAGACCUGCUGAAGAAACAGCAAGCAACACUCCACUGCUCUAGAUGUGUUUUCUUAACAUUCAUAGAUAACUAAAGUACUUUAGAUUGCAGCUAUAAAUUUAAAAUGUUUUACCACCUUCUGCACUAGAAGUGGAAUAGCCUAUUAGUUCUGAAAGAGGUUAAACAAUAAACUUUGAGGGAAAAAUGCAGAAAAAGCUAACACAAGUCUCAAAAACUUUUGCAGGAAGCACAGUGUAGUUUGGGACAGUCUACAUUGUGCUAUUCAUUUAAAAUGAUCUUACAUGAUACCUCUGGCUGAAAUUAAAAUUACCCUAUUCUGUAUAGACACUAACAGUCUUGAAGAACUUUUUAUUCUUGACCAAAUCUUGACCAGCCAUCUUGUCACUGAAGCCUAAUUUUGCCUUUCAGGUACUGCCUCCCAUCUUCUCACUGUCAGCAACUCUUUGACCCCUUUUCCUCCUCUCCUGUGCUAUUUCUUUAAAUAUAUUUCUAUUUCUAUGCAAGUUAUAAUAGAGGUCAUAUUGAAUAUUUUUAUGCUGAGAUAAAAGGAAUAAAAUGGGUUGAAGAAUUUUCAUUCCCUACAAAUGCAUUGCUUUCAAAACAUGUGUUGGCAGGCUUACCUGGAAGGUAAAACAACCUCAAGGUACAUAUGGAAAUGGUGAACUUUUGACUGAAUACAAAAGUUAAUAUUGAAACUAUAGAUAUGGCUGUUAUAGGGGAGAAAUUAUUGUACCUUGAAAUAAACCUGCAUUGUCUUGCUGUUCUUUAAGAAACACACCAAUUAAUUCUUAGGAAGCACAUUUUUCUGAAGUGUUACUGGAUUUAAUGUUAAGCCCCAGUCUUAACAAUUCAAAUGACAGAAAGCCCAUAAACACCCAAGUGGCUAAACCUGGCUGUAUAUUUGGAAGCUAUAAAUAGUCAUUUAGGCCAUGAUUUUUGUUGCCUGCUGAUUUUCUUCCCUAAAGAUAAUUAAUUUGGCUUCCCAAACAUUUUUUAUUUGCUCCCCUUUGGUGUGAUCAUGACCAAGCAGCAGGACUUUAGACUAGCAAAGGAAAAUGCAUGGGAAAAACUAGUAAAUGGGUGAUAGAUUUGUUUUUGAUCAACAUAAUCUUAAUAAAGUAUGAAUGAUAUCAGCUCAAAUGAGAAUCCUGAAAGUUGUUGUUAACUCCAGUAUAUUCACAUAUUUCACUUCUCCAAUUUUCAGUAUUAUGGCCUGCAGAUCUUGGAAAAUGUGAUAAAAACAAGGUGGAAGAUCCUUCCAAGAAACCAAUGUGAAGGUAUCAAAAAAUACGUUGUUGGCUUAAUUAUCAAGACCUCCUCUGAUCCAUCGUGUGUUGAAAAAGAGAAAGUAUACAUUGGGAAAUUGAACAUGAUUCUUGUUCAGAUACUAAAACAAGAAUGGCCAAAACAUUGGCCAACAUUCAUCAGUGAUAUUGUUGGGGCCAGCAGAACAAGUGAAAGCCUUUGCCAGAACAACAUGGUCAUCCUGAAGCUAUUGAGUGAAGAGGUUUUUGAUUUUUCCAGUGGACAGAUAACUCAAGUGAAAGCCAAACAUUUAAAGGACAGCAUGUGCAAUGAAUUCUCCCAGAUAUUUCAGCUAUGUCAGUUUGUGAUGGAGAACUCUCAAAAUGCUCCUCUUGUUCAUGCAACAUUGGAAACUUUACUUCGAUUUCUCAACUGGAUUCCACUGGGCUAUAUUUUUGAGACCAAAUUGAUCAGUACAUUAAUAUACAAAUUUUUAAAUGUUCCUAUGUUCCGAAAUGUUUCAUUGAAGUGCCUGACAGAAAUUGCUGGUGUCAGUGUGAGUCAGUAUGAGGAACAAUUUGUCACACUUUUUACUUUAACCAUGAUGCAGUUGAAACAGAUGCUUCCUUUGAACACCAAUAUUCGACUAGCAUAUUCCAAUGGAAAAGAUGAUGAACAGAAUUUCAUUCAGAACCUCAGCUUGUUUCUUUGUACCUUUUUAAAAGAGCAUGGCCAACUUAUAGAAAAACGUUUAAAUCUGAGAGAAACGUUAAUGGAAGCUCUCCAUUACAUGUUGCUGGUAUCUGAAGUUGAAGAAACUGAAAUCUUCAAGAUUUGUCUGGAGUAUUGGAAUCAUCUGGCUGCUGAAUUAUAUAGGGAGAGUCCAUUUUCAACAUCAGCUUCUCCAUUGCUAUCAGGCACUCAGCAUUUUGAUGUUCCUCCCAGGAGACAACUUUAUUUGCCUGUCCUGUCUAAGGUGCGAUUAUUGAUGGUUAGCCGCAUGGCAAAACCAGAAGAAGUACUUGUUGUAGAAAAUGAUCAAGGAGAAGUUGUUCGAGAAUUUAUGAAAGAUACAGACUCUAUCAACUUGUAUAAGAACAUGAGAGAAACACUGGUUUAUCUUACCCAUCUGGAUUAUGCAGAUACUGAACGAAUAAUGACAGAGAAGCUUCACAAUCAAGUAAAUGGUACUGAAUGGUCAUGGAAAAAUCUCAACACCCUGUGUUGGGCUAUAGGUUCAAUAAGUGGAGCAAUGCAUGAAGAAGAUGAGAAGAGGUUUCUUGUAACAGUAAUAAAGGAUCUUCUUGGACUCUGUGAACAAAAAAGAGGAAAAGAUAAUAAAGCUAUUAUUGCAUCAAAUAUAAUGUACAUAGUAGGACAAUAUCCAAGAUUUUUGAGAGCCCACUGGAAAUUUCUGAAGACUGUCGUCAACAAGCUAUUUGAAUUUAUGCAUGAAACUCAUGAUGGAGUCCAGGACAUGGCUUGUGAUACUUUUAUAAAAAUAGCGCAAAAAUGUCGAAGGCACUUUGUUCAAGUUCAAGUUGGAGAAGUAAUGCCAUUCAUUGAUGAGAUCCUGAACAAUAUUAACACAAUUAUUUGUGAUCUUCAGCCGCAACAGGUACAUACUUUUUAUGAAGCAGUUGGAUACAUGAUUGGUGCUCAGACUGACCAGACAGUACAAGAGCAUUUAAUAGAGAAAUAUAUGUUACUCCCUAAUCAAGUAUGGGACAGCAUAAUUCAACAAGCUACAAAAAAUGUUGAUAUUCUUAAAGACUCUGAAACAGUUAAGCAGUUGGGAAGUAUCCUAAAAACUAAUGUGAGAGCAUGUAAAGCGGUUGGACAUCCAUUUGUGAUUCAGCUUGGAAGAAUCUACUUAGAUAUGCUGAAUGUGUAUAAGUGCCUAAGUGAAAACAUUUCUGCAGCUAUUCAAGCAAAUGGUGAAAUGGUAACAAAGCAACCUCUGAUUAGAAGUAUGAGAACAGUAAAAAGGGAAACUUUAAAACUCAUUUCUGGUUGGGUGAGCAGAUCUAAUGAUCCUCAGAUGGUAGCUGAAAACUUUGUUCCACCUUUGCUGGAUGCCGUUCUUAUUGAUUAUCAGAGGACUGUUCCAGCUGCCAGAGAGCCAGAAGUGCUUAGUACAAUGGCUAUCAUAGUAAACAAAUUGGGGGGGCACAUUACUGCUGAAAUACCUCAGAUAUUUGAUGCUGUCUUUGAAUGCACAUUGAAUAUGAUUAAUAAGGACUUUGAAGAGUAUCCUGAACACAGAACAAACUUUUUUUUAUUACUACAAGCAGUAAACUCCCAUUGCUUUCCAGCGUUCCUGGCCAUUCCACCUGCACAGUUCAAGCUAGUAUUGGAUUCUAUCAUUUGGGCUUUCAAGCAUACAAUGAGAAAUGUUGCAGAUACAGGCCUUCAGAUCCUUUAUACACUUUUACAAAAUGUUGCACAAGAAGAAGCUGCUGCUCAGAGCUUUUAUCAAACUUAUUUCUGUGACAUUCUUCAACACAUUUUUUCUGUUGUAACAGACACAUCUCAUACUGCUGGUUUGACGAUGCAUGCAUCAAUUCUUGCAUACAUGUUCAACUUAGUAGAAGAAGGAAAAAUAAAUACUCCCCUAAACCCUGGAAAUCCAGUAAACAACCAAAUGUUUAUUCAGGAGUAUGUUGCUAAUCUUCUUAAAUCUGCAUUUCCUCAUCUACAAGAUGCACAGGUUAAACUGUUUGUAACAGGACUCUUCAGUUUAAAUCAGGAUAUUCCUGCUUUCAAGGAACAUCUUAGGGACUUCCUAGUACAAAUAAAGGAAUUUGCAGGUGAAGACACAUCUGACUUGUUCCUGGAAGAAAGAGAGACAGCUCUUCGACAGGCUCAGGAGGAAAAACACAAACUUCAGAUGUCUGUCCCUGGCAUCCUUAAUCCACAUGAAAUUCCUGAGGAAAUGUGUGAUUAA